CGCUAUUAAGUACCAUAUCACUGGGCUCGAUCAAUUCACACCCGUCCGCUGCGCUCCUUGAGAAACGCUUAGAUGACUUCAUGGGACUCAUGGGUUGCGCAAGCGAUCUCCAAACUGGACUCGCUCAAACUCCUCCGGUCGCUCAGGCCAAUUAUUCCAUCAGACGCCACCCAGCCCGGCGCGCAAGAAAAAGCCAUUUCAAGCACAUCGUUCUCCGGCAAUGACUUCCAAGUGUUCGACGGUUUGCGCCCCUGGGACAGGGCCUCAAUUGAAGUCAUGAUUUCCGAACCCACACUCCAAAAAUGGCUGCAAGAUGCACCCAGCACUGGAGAUGAGGCUGAAUGUGAAAAGGUUUGGACUGAUCAUGAACUUGGGUCUUCUGGUGGAAAAUUCAGAAAGUUGCUUUUAUUUUCUGGAAAUGAUUACUUGGGAUUGAGUUCUCAUCCAACAAUUAUCAAGGCUGCAAUGGAGGCAGUGCAGAGACAUGGAAUGGGUCCAAGAGGAUCUGGCUUAAUUUGUGGAUAUACCUAUUAUCAUAGAUUACUGGAGUCCUCUUUGGCUGACCUUAAAAGGAAGGAAGAUUGCCUUCUUUGUCCAACAGGCUUUGCAGCCAAUAUGGCAUUCAUCACAGCAGUGGGCAGUAUAAGUCUUCUCUUAGCAGCAGGUGGAAAAUCUUUAUUAGAUGACAGAGUGGCCAUAUUUUCUGAUGCACUGAACCAUGCAUCCAUCAUUGACGGUAUACGCCUUGCUGAGAAACAAAAAGGUGUUUCUGUUUAUGUCUACCGACACUGUGACAUGUCCCACCUUAAUGAACUACUAACAAGUUGCAGAAUGAAGAAAAAGGUUGUCAUUACGGAUAGUUUAUUUAGUAUGGAUGGAGAUUUUGCACCGAUGGCUGAGCUUGUCAAGCUUCGUAAGAAGCACGGUUUCUUGUUGGCAAUUGAUGAUGCUCAUGGAACUUUUGUAUGUGGUGAAACUGGAGGUGGUGCAGCUGAGAUGUUAAAUUGUGAAGAAGGUGUCGACAUAUACAUAGGUACUCUGAGUAAGGCUGCAGGUUGCCAUGGCGGGUUCAUCGCAUGCAGCAAGAAAUGGAAGCAACUUAUACAAUCAAGGGGUAGGUCCUUCAUAUUUUCUACAUCUGCACCUGUGCCAGUUGUUGCUGCUGCAUAUGCUGCUGUUCUUGUGGCCAGAAAGGAGACGUGGCGUAGAAGGGCAAUAUGGGAUAGGGUGCAAGACUUUCGCAGUCUCACUGGGAUUCCAAUCACAAGUCACAUUAUUUCCGUAAUAGUUGGAAGUGAAGCUAUGGCUUUGCAAACUAGCAGGCAUCUUCUGGAGCUGGGCUUCCAUGUCACUGCCAUUAGACCCCCGACGGUGCCCUUCAACUCCUGCAGGGUGAGGAUAACUCUAAGUGCAGCUCACAGUUUGGAUGAUAUAAAACAGCUCACGGCGGCCCUUUCCGGGUGCAUCAAUUUCCGGGAGAUCGGAGGGUUCUAUAGCGGCCAUUGCACUGCAAGAAUGUAGAGCUCUCCCUGCCCACAAGGGGGGCCAUUAAGUCUCUUAGGCAUGAGGAACCGCGUCAGAGGUCAAGGGGAUACCCCGCCGCUCAUCCAUCACGAGGCAUACAGUGAAAGGGAUGUUUGUCAUUUUGCAGGGUUGAUUGGAUUGAGAAUAUCCAUUUUAGUCUUUGAUUGAACAGUGCUUUUUGGUUGUAUUGGUAGCAAGUCCAUGAUUGUAUAGUGCUCCCAUUAUCUACAGUGACCUUCCCACGAGCUUCCUAUUUUGUCCAUGGAUGAACAGGGGAAGGUCACAAAUCCUCCUCUAUAAAUAUGAUGAUAUUGGAUAGAGGAGGGGAUCCAAUUUUUCUCUCACUAAAGUUCACUCUUGAGAUAGAGUAAGAAAUAUAAUUCGGACUG